GACUUCUGUUUGAGAGCCGAGCAGGACGGACCAGCAGAGUGGAGCGGAAUCUCCGGGCACCUACAAUCACUUUUGCCUCUCAGGGCAAAACUUUUUAUUUAUUUUUAAUUUUUUUUUCCUCUUUAGUUUGCUCUUCUACCUCUUUGAGCUUUGGCGUUGUUUUAUGAACUUUUCCCUUCUUUUUUUUUUACGCGCCUGAGAGUGCCCACUAAAAGCCGCCUGAAUGUAUAACAUGAUGGAAACCGAGAUCAAGACCCCGCUCCCGCAGUCCAACUCGGGCUCGGCGCCGGGCGCGAAGAACAACAGUGUCAGCGACCAAGAGCGCGUCAAGCGGCCGAUGAACGCCUUCAUGGUGUGGUCCCGGGGGCAGCGGCGGAAGAUGGCACAAGAAAACCCCAAGAUGCACAACUCCGAAAUCAGCAAGCGACUCGGGGCUGACUGGAAACUUCUGACCGACGCCGAGAAGAGGCCGUUCAUCGACGAGGCCAAGCGUCUUCGGGCUAUGCACAUGAAGGAGCACCCGGAUUAUAAAUACCGUCCCCGCAGGAAGACCAAGACCUUGCUCAAGAAAGACAAGUAUUCUUUGCCCGGGGGACUGUUGGCGCCCGGAGCCAACGCCGUCAACAACCCGGUGUCGGUGGGCCAGCGGAUGGACGGCUACGCGCACAUGAACGGCUGGACGAACAGCGCGUACUCCCUGAUGCAGGACCCGCUGGCCUACCCCCAGCACCACAGCAUGAACAGCCCGCAGAUCCAGCAGAUGCACCGGUACGAGAUGGCGGGCCUGCAGUACCCGAUGAUGUCCUCGGCGCAGACCUACAUGAACGCGGCGUCCACGUACAGCCCGGCGUACACGCAGCAGACCACCAGCGCCAUGGGCCUGAGCUCCAUGGCGUCCGUGUGCAAGUCCGAGCCGAGCUCGCCUCCGCCGGCCAUCACGUCCCACUCCCAGCGGGCGUGCUUGGGGGACCUGCGGGAUAUGAUCAGCAUGUACCUGCCCCCCGGCGGGGACAGCGCGGAGCACUCCUCCCUGCAGAGCAGCCGGUUACACAGCGUCCAUCCGCACUAUCAGAGCGCAGGGACUGGCGUCAACGGCACGCUACCGCUCACCCACAUCUGAGAACAGACUCCAAACUUUUUAAAAGUACGUCGGAUACUUGAACUUUUUUUUUUUUUUUUUUUUGGUUGCUUAAGAAACGACGUUCAGAAAAAAAAAAAAAUCUUUGUCCAUUUGAAAUCCAUUUUCAGUGGACGGAAGCUGAGCGUUGAGCCCAUCAGAGUAAAUUGCAUUGCAAAGAGGCGUUUUUAUCACAAGUAUAAGCAAUCAACCUAUGUAGAAGGAUUGGACUUCUAUAUUUUAAACGAUGCCAUAUUUUCUCUCUAUGAAAAGGCACAUGAGAAGCCUCGUCAAGGGGCCGGUGUAUUUCAGACAAGCUGGAUGGGAAGUUGGUUCAUAAAUGUUUACACCUAAUUUGUAGAAUGUCAGUUGUCUCGACUGUGUCCAAAAUUUUGUAGUCUUUUUUUUUUUUCUUCUCCUCCCCCCCCCCCAUAGGUUAAAAGAAAUGUUUAAGACUGUGCGGGUCGCAAACGCAAGUUUUAUUUAUAGUAAGUUUUUUUUUCUUUUUAUUUAGCUUGUGAACCCGCUGUUUCGUCAAGUGAAAAUGUUCAUAUUUUGUUUUUUGUUUAUUUUGUAAAAUGUUCUGUUCUGUGAUGGCUUUUUUUUGACAGUGUCACGUUUACUCAUUAUCUUGAAAGAAAAAAGGUUUUAUUUAAACUGACGUUUCUACAUAUUUUAAGACCAUCCUCUAUUCUUAAAUGCUGAAUAAAUUUCUACGAAACGUGA